UUGUCUACGAAGAUCCAGCAAAAUAGUGAAAAAGCUAUUGCUUUUCAAGCUCCCUCUCUAAUACACGACAGAGUUAACUCACCGCGUUGCCCAUGGAAGCUCUCAGCUCUCAAGCUGCAGCUAUCGUCUCCUCUUCUUUCUCAAUCUUCUCUCCUAAACGAAAAGAUCCUCCGGCCAGAACCAUCCGCUUUCCCACCCCUUCCAAAAAGAACGGUGACGAUUCCGAUAUCCAACCUGACCCAAACAACAAAAGCAUCGUUCCUCUCUUCGGUAAUCAAACAUUUUCCCAGGAUGCAGCGAUGGGUUUGGUUCUAAGCGCGGCGUCUGUAAAAGGUUGGACAACAGGAUCGGGCAUGGAGGGUCCUUCGGUACCCUCCCGAGCCAAUGACCAACCCGGUACGGAGCAAGUCUCCACGUUUCCAUGGUCUCUCUUCACCAAGUCGCCGCGUCGACGGAUGCGCGUGGCCUUCACUUGCAACGUAUGCGGCCAACGAACCACUCGAGCCAUCAAUCCCCACGCCUACACCGAUGGCACCGUAUUUGUCCAGUGCUGUGGAUGCAAUGUUUUUCACAAGCUGGUGGAUAACUUGAAUCUGUUUCGUGGGAUGAAAUGUUAUGUCAACCCCAGUUUCGAUUAUCAAAGGGCUCGCCAGUGGGAAGUGUUCGACGACGAUGGCACUGGCAGUGCCGACGUGCUUUGAUGACUUAUAAAGUGUACAAUCUCAUUGCACAUACUGGGAAGCUGAUGUCUAUCUUGUUUGUAUCGCCCUUUGCCUGUCUUGGUGUGGUUAAAUAAGUCGGCUGAACACUUUGUAUUUCACCAAUGAUAAAAUAGUGUUCGAUGUUA